CUCAAAAGCCAAGUCCUCCUCGGCUCGCCGCUCGCGGCGCCUCCCUCUCCUUUUCCGUCUCCUACUCCACUCCAAUCCCUCUCCGGACUCGGUCUCUCUCCCCCACUCUUUUUCAGUUUUUCCCCACCAAACUCGCCUCGCCCUCCUCUCUUCCUUCUUCUUCUUCCUCCUCCGAGUACCAGAGCGCACGAAACCCCUCUCGAAUUCUCCGCUCUCCUCCCGCCGGUGACCCCAUCCGACCGAUCGCAAGCCAUGGCCGCCGCCGCCGCCGACUCCGCCGAUCCCGUCAUCACCACCGCCACCUGCGCGCACUGAGGAGCUAUGUAGCAAUCCCCUAGGACUUGGCUUUCUUCUUCUAUAGGGCAUUUUUUUUUCAGGCUAUGGUUUACAGCUACAGCUACUAUGGGAGAAGGCAGUGUUUAGGGUUCUUGGUUACCAAGCUGGUAUUUUUACUGUAUAAGUGACAUCUCUAGUCUGUACCUGAUAUCAUGGUUGCUUUGCAUUCUCAGUAAGGCCUUUGUCUAAUUCUCUAAUGAUCCGGGAAGGAAAACUGGAAAACCCCCUGACAGUCAAUUUCAUGUACAUCAGCCCGGCGAAAAAAAAAAAAAACGAUUACAUGUACAUUGGCCCGGGUGAAAAAAAAAACAAUUUGAUGUACAUUACUAAUUUUUGUAUAUGCGCACGCGUGUACAUAACUGGGCCAAUUUUUUAUCCAACUUGUGCUUGUUAACUUGUAGUAGUGUGUUUGACAUGGUGUUUGGAAGCAUUUUACCUGGAUGAUUGACAUGGUUCUCCUCAAAUUCUUCAGCCAUCGAGAAAUUCCAUCUCCAAACAUCGCGCUGCAUUCUGCACACUGCGCUCGCAACCUUCAAAAGUGUGAACAUUGUGGGUAUAUGGUUCCAAAGAAGCUAAUGGAUGAACACUAUGAUGAAAACCAUGCUCCAAUGAUUUGCUCACUUUGCCAAAAAACUGUACAACGUGAGCUAUGGGAUCUUCAUAAAGGCUUACAAUGCCCACAAAGGAUGCUUGCAUGCCAAUAUUGUGACUUUGAACUACCUGCAGCUGAUAUUUAUGAGCAUCAGGACGUGUGUGGGAAUCGAACAGAAUAUUGUCAGCCUUGCAGGAAGUAUGUCAGACUGCGGGAACAGAUUGGACACGACAUCCAGUUCCAUUCCCAACCCAUUGUUGCUUCAGAAUCUUCAAGUGACAGAAGCACGCUGGAAGAAGAAGAGAGUUAUCCAGCAGAAGAACAACCAGUACGACCCAAGCACACUCAUGGCUUACAACGCAAGCAAUUUCUUGUCACAAUUGUGAUAGCUGGAAUUUCAAUUCUGGUUGGAUCAGUUCUGCUAAAAAAGGGGUGGUUAUCAUGAUAUUUCCAACAUAAACAUGAAUUUGCCUUCUUAAUGUGCAAAUUCCUUCGUAGCCUAUGGGCAGGGCAGAGAUCCUUGAACUACAGUUUGAAGUCAUUGUAGGAAUGACCUGACUGAUAUGUUUUUUUUUACCAGAAGGUAUUUCUACAUGCUGGCAGCUGGUAAUCUAUGUAAAAAUGUUAUUUACAAGUACGAGGCUUACUUUUACAAGGGAUCAAUGCCAUCUGUUUUGUUGUUGUCUUGUUGAUAUGUUUGUUACAGAGAUGCUAGUUAUUUGAUUGUGGAUUGUAACAACUUACCUUUCAACUGCUAUAAUAUUUGAACGUCUCCAAUGGAA